AUGACAAAGAAUAGCGUUCUAGGAUUACCCAAAAGGAUCCUAUCAUGCCUCUCCAUGAUGGCCUUGUUGAUGCUGAGCACGACACCGGUUCAAGCAGAAGGGAUUGCUGGUGCGGCUGUUACCAAAUCUGCCCUUUCCGCCGCUUUGAAGGAUAUAGAUUUGAGAUAUUUCAUCGCCGGGGGAACUUGUGCCGCCUUUUCCCACGGGAUUACCACUCCCAUUGAUGUGGUCAAGACCAAGAUUCAGGCCGACCCAAAGAAAUAUCAAGACAAGAACAUGUUGGCUGUCACUAAAGAUAUUGUGCAAACCGAAGGAGCCGGAGCUCUAUUGACUGGACUGGGGCCAACCAUAGUCGGAUAUGGGGUGGAAGGUGCCAUGAAGUUUGGCGUAUACGAGGUUUCCAAGCCAAUCUUGAAGAGCCUGCUCGCAUCCCUGUUUGAAAACUCGAACACCAACACGGAGCCUUUUGCUUUCUUAUUAUCCAGUAUCUUGGCAGGUGCCAUUGCAGCAGUCUUGUUGUGUCCCAUGGAAUCCUUGCGAAUCAAGCAAGUUACUGACGAGUCCUUUCAGAAUGAAUCUUUGUUGACUGGAUUGCCCAAAUUGAUCGAACAAGAUGGAUUCUUGAGUCUUUUCGGUGGAGUGCUGGCCAUGCUCGCCAAGCAGGUUCCAUACACUUUCGGAAAGCAAGUUUCAUUUGAUGUCUUGGCAACCUUCUUCUAUCAAUUCUAUGGAAACUUUUUAGAAAUUGUCAACAAGUGGCUGGUCUCCAUUUCGGCUGCAGCUUGUGCCAGUUUGGCUGCUUGCUUGCUGAGCCAACCCGGAGACAUGAUCUUGACUGAAACAUACUCUUCCACCAAGGCAGCAAAGAAAAAGAAGAAACGUCGUGUUGCUGAAGACCCUGCCUCUUCGACCAAACCUUUCGGCGUCGCCGUUGGGGAUAUUUACCAGCGUGGAGGAAGCGGGGAAUUCUUCCGAGGAUUGUCUACACGCAUACUGCAUGUUGGUAUGAUCAUUACCAGUCAAUUGGUCGUAUAUGAUAUCGUGAAACAAAUGUUGGGUCUGCCCGCGACGGGAUCCCAUUAA